AUGGCCGACCAGGAACAAACCCAAACCCUUAGCUCGGACUCCAAGACCUCCCCCAACAAGCCUAAGCGUGCGCCGCGCAAGCUAGGCGAAAACGCCCCCGCCAAGCAGGAACCGAAGCCGUUCACGCCCAAGAAAGACCCCGACUUAAAUCAAGAGCCAGAACAAAAACGAAAUCGCCAGGAGGAACUGCAAGAAGAAAGGCCAGAGCCCGAGCCUGAACUUGAACUUGAACAGAAACGUAGCCGCAGACGAGGACCCCGCCCCACUCGCUCAUACAGUCGGGAAUCCGAUAUCGACUCAAUUCACCGCAGUGACAUAGAUAGCCAACCCCAGCCUCAGCCUCAGCAGCGCCAACGCACCCGGCGUCGUCGCCAGCCACAGCAAGAACUGCAGAAGCAAGAAGGUAGUGGUGGCAACGCACUUUCGGGCCUAGGUGGUGUGGACCAAGCGGGCGAGCUCGUGCAGAAUACGGCUGGCAAGGCCGUGAACGGCGUGACUGACAGCGCAGGCAAGGCGGUCGGCGGAGUCCUGGGUGGUGGAAAAAAGGAGGAGGAAAAAGAGGAAAAAGAUGAAGGUGGGCGUGACGAGCAGUUGCGUCUUCGGUUGGAUAUCAAUUUGGAUAUUGAGAUUCAACUAAAGGCGAAGAUUCAUGGUGAUUUGACUAUAGGUUUACUGUCAGUGAGCCCUUCCCUUCUCUUCAGCCCGCACUUUUGA